GUGGUACAUACGUAAUUAUCUUCACUAACAAGACCAUAUUUAUAUUAUCUCCAGUUUGAGGGAUACACCUUACAGAGAAGCGUUGAAGAGGCUUAGUUGCUCGCUGGAGGGAAGGUAUUAAGUUAAAGGGGUGUUUGUUCUAUUGCUAAGUUGAAGUCAUUGUAGCUAGCAUUCAAGAUUUCUUCAAAACAUGGUUUUUGCUCAGGAUUAUAAGGUCACUCACUGUAAUGAUGAUUAUUUAUCUUAGUUUGAAGUAAUCAGUUGAGUUUUGCAUGAAAUGGGUAUCAAUGUUCUAGCCCGGAGAUUGUAUCAUGUGGCAAUUAGAAGGCUCUUGAUUGUUGCAGUGUUCAUUGUUAUGGUAGUUGUUUUCCAAUGUUAUUGGAUAACUGCAGCAAAGGAUGCAUCUAGAUCCACUGCAUCACAUGUCCUGCCUAUUGUUACUUUUGCCUCUAAUUCAGAAGAAGGUGGUUAUGAGAAAGAAGCAGAUUUGGACUAUGAAUUGGAAUCUGAUGGGGACAGAAAUUCAAGAAAGGAAGAAAUACUUAGUAAGGGUUUUGAAGUGGGAAACCAUGAAGAUGCAAUUUACAGUUUCACUCAGAAUAGGCCCAAGUAUGUGCAUGAUCCUACACAGAAGGCUAGAGAACUAGAUAACAGACACAAUAUUCAACACCAUGCAAAUAACAUGCAAUUUGCAUCACAAGGGAUUCAUUCAAAGGGCAUACAAAAUCUGGAUGCAGAUAUGAGCACAUCUGAUCGGUUACUCAUUGUAGAAAAAUCUUCAAAUGGCAGUGGAAUACAGAGUUUGGAAAUGGAAUCCCGAAAUCGGAGACCACGGCUAUUGAAAACUUCUUUGUCUAAGAUGGGUACUUCAUCCAUGAGGAGAACUAAGUUGGUGUUGCCAACUUCAAUAACACAGAUGAACUCUUUGUUGCUUCAGAGUUAUAUUUCUCCCAUGAGGCCAAGGUGGUCUUCUCGACUGGACCGCGAACUCUUAUCAGUAAAACUGGAGAUUGAAAACGCCCGUGUCAUGUCAAAUUCUUCAGGACUUUAUGCACCUAUUUUCCGGGAUGUUUCCAAGUUUUCAAGGAGUUAUGAACUGAUGGAGCACAAGCUAAAAGUUUAUAUCUAUAGAGAAGGAAAAAAACCUAUAUUCCAUCAACCGAAGAUGAGAGGAAUUUAUGCCUCCGAGGGGUGGUUUAUGAAAUUGAUGGAGGGAAAUAAAAGGUUCACUGUGAGGGAUCCCCGAAAAGCUCAUUUGUUUUACCUACCGUUCAGCUCUCAAAUGCUAAGGGUUACUCUUUCUGACGGUAAGAAGAUGGAGCAAUACCUUGAGAGAUAUGUGGAGUUAAUUGCAGGAAGAUAUCGUUUCUGGAACAGAACUGGGGGAGCAGACCAUUUUCUUGUUGCUUGUCAUGAUUGGGCCUCCAAAAUCACAAGGCAACCAAUGAAAAGUUGUAUUAGGUCUCUCUGCAAUGCUAAUGUUGCUAAAGGCUUCCAAAUAGGCAAGGACACUACUCUACCUGUUACUUAUAUACACUCUAUGAUGGAUCCACUGAGAGGAUUUGCAGGGAAACAACCUUCAGAAAGGUCUAUUCUGGCCUUUUUUGCAGGAGGCAUGCAUGGUUAUCUACGUCCAAUCCUGCUAAAAUACUGGGAGAAUAAAGAAACUGACAUGAAAAUUUUCGGUCCAAUGCCGCGUGAUAUGGAAGGUAAAAGAAUUUAUAUGGAAUACAUGAAUAGCAGCAAGUAUUGUGUAUGUGCUAGAGGUUAUGAGGUCCACACCCCAAGAAUAGUUGAGGCCAUUUUUUCUGAGUGUGUGCCAGUUAUCAUAUCAGAUAAUUAUGUGCCUCCUCUAUUUGAGGUAUUGGAAUGGGAAGCAUUUUCUGUAUUUGUUCGUGAAAGGGAUAUCCCUAAUCUUAGAAGCAUACUAAUCUCAAUCCCAGAAGAGAAGUACCUGGCACUGCAUUUGGGAGUAAAGAAGGUUCAACAGCAUUUCCUGUGGCACAAAGUUCCUGUUAAGUAUGACUUAUUUCAUAUGAUUCUUCAUGCAGUAUGGAACAAUAGACUUUCUCAGAUUAGAUCAAUGUGAUGAUGUCAUUGAUGCGAAUAAGUUCCAAGUUGUUGUGGAAGAAAACUAGUAAAACUCAGCAUGAAAUACGAGCAAAGAACAACUGGAAAGGAAAAAUCCUUUCUCAUGAAUUCAAUAUUUUGGCAGACUUAUAAACACUGUCUGCAUUAUGGAUUGCCCUGCUGACAAAUUGAGCUAAAAGUACUUUGAUAAUUGAAAAUUCGUUGGGCUAAAAGACUCAGUUCAAGAACAAGACAUGGUCUUUUUGACUGUUGUGUAAAUAAACUCUUAAGACAUUUGAGGUUUAACCUUUCUUGUCCAAGCUUUGAGCAUUCAUGAGGAAAUCUUGUUCAAAUAUUUAAUUAGUUGAAGUUCAGUUCAGAUAAACCUUGUUCAAAUAUUUCUUUUAGAACAGGAUAAAGUUUAG